UUAAAUGUCCUAUUUAUUUGGCACUUGAGGUUAAGUUUAAAUUUUUGUGAUUUUUCUUGAAAUUGCAUGGGUAAAUAAUGUUGAAAAUAUGCAAAGUUCUCUUAAAAAAUCCUCAGAAUUGUCGAAUUCUUUGGUCUGCAAAUCAAAAAAUAUCAUUCAAACAUAGACUCAAUUUGUGGAGUGUCAAAUUGCAUAAUGUUACGUUUAAUUUUCCAAAACUAUCAGAUAGUUAUUAUUACAAGUUUAAUAAACACCCUAGUUUAAUAUUUGCGAUCAGUAUAUUAACGUGGCUGGGAUUCGCUAAAGAUGAUGAAGAAAAAGAGUCAGAAUUGAUAAUGACAUUGAAAAGAGCUGUCUUAUGUAAACAACGAGAACAGUACGAUAAAGCCGAACAAAUGCUUCAUUUGGCUUUGAGGCUGGCCCAACAACAGAUGAAUGAUCAAGGAAUAUUAUAUUGUUACGAUUUAAUGGGUAAUUUGGCAUUUGAUACGUAUGAACUAGACAAAGCUGAAAAAUUAUUUGUCAGUGUUUUACAACUGCUUUUAUCAAAAGGUACACCUGAAGAUGAUCUUAAGGUGAUUCAUAUAAGCCUAAAAUUAGCCAGGAUAUGUCAGCUGAAAGCAGACACAGAAAAGGCUGAUAUAGGCUACAGGUGGUGCUUGGAGCAAAUAGAUAAACACAAAGAUGCCAAUGAAAAUGCAAAAGUUUUGUACGGAGUUAUCAAUGAUUGGUACGCCCAAUAUUUACUGGACAUAGGCGACACGAAAAAAGCUUUAAAUCAUCUAAACGAGGCUCAUAAGGUUUGCCAAGAAUUUCACGGUGAGAAUAGCGAAAAAAGUAUGUUAUUGCUAAAUGAUUUGGGCAUAACUAGCUUUAGAGCUGAGGACUACGAUAAGGCAGAAACAUAUUUACAAGAAGCAGUAACUAUGGGAAAUAAAUUAGAGGAUAAGACUCACUUGGGAGUUGUCCAUGCUAAUUUGGGUUUAAUUCUGUUGCAAAAAGGAAUUCUUAAAGAGGCAGAAAAAUGUUGCAGAUUAGGCUGGAAGUUAGGAAAGAAGUAUGAAAAUACAGAAUCAGUAGAACAGUCGAAUUAUUGUUUAGAACAAAUUAAAUUGCAUGCAGAAAAAUAAGUUAUUGAAAGCUGUGAUAUUAGUAAAAAUUUAUUAGAACUAAUUGAUGUUUUGUUGUAAAUAAUUUAAAUAAAAUAAUAUUAACCUCUUCAGCAUAUAAAAAUAAAUAUAUUUUUGU